AUGAGCGUGAGUUCUCCACCCAAAGACUCAAGCCAGACGAUUAUGGGUUCUGGACCGGAGGAGUCUACAACCGAGAGCUCCAACGAAGGCCAGGAGACCUCCACCGUCAAGGGUGAGGAGUCUGGGUCCCCUUCGAAUACUGACACUAGUUCUCUGUCGCAGCUAAACCCUCUGAACCCCCGCCCAUUCCUGCAGAACAGCGUCGGCACGGAGGUGAUCAUCCGCCUCAAGUGGGGUCAAGCCGAGUACAAGGGUCUUCUCCAGAGCGUCGACUCAUACAUGAACAUUCUUCUGGCGAACGCGGAGGAAUACGUCGACGGCGAGUUGACAUCGGCCCUGGGUUCAGUGCUUAUCCGGUGUAACAACGUCCUCUGGAUCGGCUCUGCGAAGGAUGUGGAGAUGACGAACAUGGAGUACAGAUAA